CAGACAUACGAAUCCAUACAUAUAUCCAUACAUACGUGAAUAAAUAUACUACGAAUCUGGUCACGAUUCUGGUGGGAGAUAAAUAAUUUGAUUAGCAAUGUCUAACAUAGCGACCCAAAUUUUCUUUUUACUUUCCUUGUGUUCUGGGAUUUCGCCCCUAAUAACACAGGAAAACAGGAACCAAUCCUUGAAGCAGGGACCAUGCACCCUUCCAAAUUUUCUAAUCACAGAAAUUCAAAACUAUCAGCCAAUAGCGGAUGAGAUUAUGAACGCCGCAAUCUCUGGGGCCUGGAAGGGACGCACGUUCGAGGGGGUGACUACAUUUGUGGACAAGUAUGUCAAUCGCUUAUCUGGAACUCCUGAGCUUGAAGAAUCCAUUGAUUACAUGAUGGAGAAAAUGGUGGCUUCUGGCUUAGACAACGUUCGAGGCGAAGAUGUACAAGUUCCAAGAUGGAUUCGGGGGGAGGAGAAGGCCAGUUUGGUUGAGCCUGUCAUCAAAUCAAUCAGCAUCCUUGGUGUUGGACCAUCCGUGGGAACGCCAAUUGCAGGGAUCAGCAGUGAAGUCAUUGUUGUACGGUCGUUUGAUGAAUUAGAAGAAAAGAAGGACGAAAUCGAAGGCAAGAUUGUGGUGUAUAAUCAAGGAUGGCUGAGCAGCUAUGAGGAAACGUCACAGUACCGUGGCAAUGGGCCCACGCGGGCUUCAGCGUAUGGCGCCGUCGCUGCUUUGAUAUAAAGCGCAACGCCUUACUCUCUAUACACAGUCCACACCGGCGGUAUUUACUACGGAGCCGCUUAUCCUAAAAUCCCAGCAGCCUGCAUUACUCGUGAAGAUGCCGAAUUCUUGUAUCGUGUUUAUUCGCGAGGAGAUAGAAUGGUUCUCAACUUGACCAUGAUGGAUGAGGAGUUAAGUCGCGUCACGUCUCGUAACACCAUUGGGAAAAUUACUGGAAGUUUAAAUCCCGAGGAAAUCGUGGUCGUUUCUGGACACAUCGAUGUCUGGGACCAGGGUCAAGGAGCAAUGGAUGAUGCUGGAGGAGUCUUUGUCUCCGUUGAAGCCCUUGCUCUGAUAAAAUAUCUUGGUCUGACUCCCAAAAGAACUAUGCAAGCAAUUUUGUGGACUGCAGAAGAAUUUGGCUUGGUAGGUGCACGGGCUUUUGUUGCCCUGCAUAAGGAAGAGAUGAUGAAUUACAAGGCAGUUUUGGAAUCGGAUAGUGGUAAUUUUUCACCUCUUGGAUUAGAUUUCGCAGGGACGGAAGGUGCUGGCUGCAUUAUUCAAGAAAUUCUUAAGUUGACGUCAGCAAUGAAUUCGACAAACUAUGCUCGUUAUGAGACAGUCGGGUCAGAUAUUGCUGUCAUGAUUAUGGAAGGAGUGCCUGGCAUUAGUUUGAAAACAGCUGAUGAAAAAUAUUUCUAUUUCCAUCACUCUCCAGCCGAUAUGCUCGAGGUCCUUGACUCGGAGGAACUGGACAGGAAUACUGCACUUUGGGCUAUAACUUCCUAUGUUCUUGCAGACCUCAGUGUUACCCUUUCUAGGGAAGUUACAAAUGAGUAGUAUGCUACCAUGAUUGCAGUAAUAUUGUAAAAUUAAAAUCAUUAAAUACUUGUAAUCAUACAUAAAUAUGUGAGUAAAGUGCGGCAUUUUAAUAGCCGUACAAUUUAAAUUCAGAAACAGAUUAAUGAAUAAGUACGUUUAACGAUAUUGGAAUUUGUUACUGACUAUAGUUGGUGGAUUUGUUUUAAGCCGUUGUAAGUCCAAGGUGAUAUACGUAAAAAUUUAUGAUUGUGUGUCUAGAAUGAAUGGUGCACAAAAA